AUUAGUGUUGGUACAAACCUAAACCCCUAAUUCCGAUUAAACCGUGAGUCGUCGUUCUCUGUUUCCUCCUCUUUUCAAAUCCUUCUCCACCGGUCAUCUCCUCUUGCAAUCACUACGACUCCGUCUGUUUCCCGGACAACCGCAGCUCUCCUCUCAUCCUAUAAAGUGUUUCAGCUUCUAUGUUUAAAAUUCACACAGAGAAGCCUAAUUUUUAAAACACUACUCUGGGAAAUCUUUCUUUGGGAAAUUGGGUUUAGGGAUUUAGACCAACAUUGAUUGGCUUGGUUAAUCCUUGAAAGCUAUGCUGAGUAGGUUGUCAAGGCGUUGCUACUGCACUUCUUCUGUUCAUCGGCCAUGGCUGUUUCUAGGACUGGGCAAUCCAGGUGACAAAUACAAAGGAACUAGACACAACAUUGGAUUCGAAAUGAUUGAUGUUUUCGCUGAGUCAGUGGGGAUUCAAAUGAACUUGGUAAAUUUCAAGGCUAUAAUGGGACAAGGUUUCGUGGCAGAUCUUCCCGUCAUCCUUGCAAAACCGCAAACCUACAUGAACUUGAGCGGUGAAUCAAGUGGACCUCUCGCAGCUUAUUACAAGUUACCUCUCAAUCGUGUGCUUGUGGUUCAUGAUGACAUGCAAUUGCCAUGUGGUGUUCUUCGUCUUCAAGAAAAAGGAGGCCAUGGAUGUCACAACGGGUUAAAAAGUGUAAUGAACCAUUUCCGAGGCAACAGGGAAUUUGCAAGGCUACGAAUCGGAAUUGGAAAGCCUCCGGGACAAAUGGACCCAAAGGCGUUCUUGUUGCAGAAGUUCAGCAUGCCAGCUCGUGAACGGAUGGAUAAAGCUUUAGCAGAAGGGGUGGAUGCUCUGAAGCUCGUCUUGGCUAAAGACUUUGGAGAAAGCUGGAGAUUGUUCAAUGUGGAACAGAAGUACAAACACUUAAAACAACACACAAUACUAUCAGCUUGACCAAAUGCUUCGGAUAAGAAAGACUUAUGUAUAUAUUUUUCAUCUUGGUGCCUGUCCCUUGUUCGAUUUUUUUUGUACCUGUAUACAUUUAUGAUUUUCCAAUAAUAAGUGGAAAGACUCCAGA